AUGGACCCAAUCUCCAUCGCCGGCUUGUCCCUCGGAGUUGCCUCCCUCGGCCUGCAAGUCUACACCGGCUGCAUCCAAGGCAAAUCAGUCUCCUUCCCCUCCCUUCCUCCCUCCCUCCCUCCCUCCCUCUCUCCCUCGAUGUCCCCCAUCCCCUCUCCAGUCUCGGCCCGAGCUCGCCUCGCCGCUCUGGCACGGAGGCGAGUGCUCCUCAUCACCGCCCUGGGCUACGAAAAUGACUGCAGGUAUCUCAACCUGCGCCUGCGCAUGGAGCAGCAGCGCCUCUUUGCCUGGAGCGAAACGUCGGGCCUGCUUGAUUUCGACGGUGAAAACUACGAUAGGAUACUAAACUCCAACGUCUUUCACUUUCACCGUCAGACCGUUCUCGAUCUUCUCGUCCAGAUCCAGUGUCUCUUUGACGAGUUCACCUCCUACCAUCGCACCCACAACAACCUCAGGCCGAUCCGUGACGAAGAUGGUAUCCUGGCCACGCCCGAGGUCGACGCCAAGUUGGCCAACUUCCCCUUGUCGGCGAGGAAGAAAAACUUUAUCAAAAAGGCCAUGGCCGGUCUAAAGUUCAAGUCGCAGGAGGGUUGGGUCCGACUCCGCUGGGCUUCCUUGGACAAGCCCGCCUUUGAGACGCUGCUGGCCAAGUUUUCCAUGCUCAACGAUGGCAUGACCAACAUCCUAGACCACUCGUUGCAGGUGGAGAUUCGAAACAGCGUCCAGGAUACGAAUCGGGGCGUUCUUCUACUGCACCACAAGAUUGCCGACCUCAGCUGUCUCGUGCUGGCCCUCAAGUCCCAGCUCGACGUCGGCGGUCAGCUCGCGGCGACGCCCAUGUCCAAGCUGGAGCGCCAGGCGAGCGUCAACGAACUCACGCAGCUAUCCAAGUUGGCCAAGUUCAAAGCCUUCAGCGAGACGGUAUACCCUACGUCGGGCCGCUUGACCGACGUUGACGUGGCGGCGGUGAAAUUCCUCGAGCUGGCCAACCCCACGGAGCGGCGAAGCCUCCAGAUGCCCCGGUAUCUGAUCGAAUUGGACCCAGAGGCGGAUGACUGGGAGGUGACCCGGUGCGAAGCGCUCCUGAAGACGCCCGAGGGGAAGAAGAAGGUUUGGAUCGAAUGGAAAGACUACGAUGGUGCUGGUCUGCAGCCGCACUCGCUGUCCAAGAAAGACAUCGUCGACCGGGUUCGGAAGCUCGCCUCGCUGCUUCACCAUGGCCCCAAACCAGAGGCUUUUCGCACGCCUCACUGCGUCGGCUUCUUCGACAAGGCGAACCCCGACAUCUCGCCGGACGAGGUGGAGAUCCUCGACCGACGGCUCGGCCUCGUCUUUGAGCGUCCCGACGACGACCGGCUGCACGCAUCCCUCCCGCCGGUCAGCCUCCACCAUCUCCUCCGGGACGGCGCCGUCCGCAAGCCGCGGGUCACGGAGCGCAUCAAGCUCGCCCACUCCCUCGGCAGCUGCGUCCUCUACCUGCAUGCCGUCAACUGGCUUCACAAGGGCCUGCGCAGCCACAACGUGCUCUUCUUCCGCACGCGCGACGGCCACGUCGACUACCGACAGCCUUGCCUCUCCGGCUUCGACUUUUCGCGACCGUGCGGAUCCGAUGAAAUGACGGAUGCGCCGGGCGACGAUCUUGAGCACGACCUCUACCGCCAUCCCCUCGCCCAGACGGACCGGCGACGGGAGCGCGAGCGGUCCAAGAAGAGCUUCGACGUGUACAGCCUCGGCGUCAUCUUUGUCGAGUUGGCACACUGGAAGACGAUCGACGGCGUGCUGGAUAUUGACAUGAGGCGGGCGAGGGGUGGAGGGGAUGUGGUGGGCAAGGUAAGGGAGCGUUUGCUCGAGGAAACAAUGGUCGCCGACAUCGGCGGCGAGAUGGGGGAACAGUUUGAGGAGGCCACGAGGGUUUGUCUGGAAGGCGGCAAGAAGCUGGGCUUGGAGGAAAACGACGAUGAGACGAACGACGAGGUCGCGGAGCGGCUGUCGGUUCGCUAUUACGAAGACGUCGUCAAGAAACUUGGCGCCAUUUCGGUAUGA